UCGCCGUUAGACCUCCAGUUUCGGGAAACACGAGGUAGAACUCCGUUGUUGCUCAUGCUGUCGACACCCCCGUUCAGUCGAACUGGUCUCUAAUCUCCAAGCAGAUUGACAUCUGAGGGAUCCGCCGUCGGGUGGACCGUAUCCUGUUUAGCGGCAAUAAGCACAACCAAAGCCCCCGGAAUAGCACUGGCCCGGACGUCAUAUCUCACUGCUGUGCAGCCUGGACAGAGGGUCGAUAAGGGACGAGAACAGAAUCAUCACCGAGACAACCCAUCCAGCCUAAAGCAUCAUCAUCAUCUAUAAACUUUUUUCCUUCUUUUCCUCUUCUUUCUCCUUGUCGCAAUCAUGACCUGGGAACUUACACGCCGUCGCUUUACUCGAGCGAUCAACAGCAAAUACAUCUAUGAUCGCAUCCCACUUCUGCACGCCAUCAUUUUCCUAAUUGAAAUGACUAUCGUCGCACGGCUCGUGUCUAGGUACAAUGCCUACUACAGCGAACGUCCAGUCCUCACCAUGAUGGUGACCAACGCCGUCCUGGGUGGCAUAGCUGACACCGUCGCCCAGUCCAUCACUGCCAUCCGCGAGCGCUCCCUCAGAAAGCGAUCCCCCAGCGCCCGCGACGACAACAUGGCCUUCGAGCUGGACGCCAAGGAUCCCUUCACUGAGCGCGAGCUCAUUCCCGAGUCCAAGCAGCUGCCUCCGCCCUUCGAUUUCGAGCGGCUGACAAGGUUCAUGGCCUAUGGUUUCGGCAUGGCGCCCAUACAGUUCAAGUGGUUCAAAUUUCUGGAGAAAACAUUCCCCAUCACAAAAUCUGCCGCUUUCGCCCAGGCCAUGAAGAGGGUUGCCUUUGACCAGCUCAUCUUUGCUCCUCUGGGCCUGGUCUGGUUCUAUACCGCCAUGACUGUUGCCGAGGGCGGUGGUCGACGGGCUGUCUAUACGAAGCUCCGGGACAUGUACGUCCCGACGCUCAAGGCCAACUACGCUGUGUGGCCUGCGGUGCAGGUCAUCAACUUCCGUUUGAUGCCCGUCCAGUUCCAGCUUCCCUUCGUUUCCACCGUCGGUAUUGCAUGGACUGCCUACCUCUCCCUCACCAAUGCUGCUGAGGACGUGGCCCAGCCUAUUGCUGCUUCGAACAACCCCAACAUCCGCCUGGAGUAGAUGUGUUGUUGUAAGCGCAUGGACACUGGUACAUAUUCUUGUGUCACUGUUACUGGCUACGAUCGGCAAUGAACCUAGACUUCCUCUUGUCUCUCGGGCAUCAUCAAGGCGCUGGUAUGAACCUCUGGUUCCUGUAAAUGGUCUUGUAUAUACGCAGAGUCUGCUUGGGUCACACGGCGUUGGUACACUGUCCUUCUUGGGUCUGACUGGGUUGGACGGUCUCAAUUUCAUAUGGUACAUUCUACUUGGUUUUCAAUGGAUCAAUGAUGGUACUGACCCGUCAGAA